ACGAAGUGGUAAAAGUGCGUGCUGUUGUCGGUACGCACAGGUGAUUUUCAGUCUUGUUUCGCAUUCCGUCGGGUGAGAAAAUGGGAAAGCUUCAGGAGUUUAAGAUUGCCUUUGAGAAAAACAAAGAAGUGUACAGUCCGGGAGAGUCCAUCUCUGGAACCGUGACAGUAAAACUGGGCCAACCGCUGCAGUGUAAAGCUAUCAAAGUGAACUGCAAUGGUUUCUGCGGCAUCACCAAUAAGGUCAAUGACACAGCAUGGACGAUGGAAGAGCAGUACUUCAACAGCACGAUCUCAGUGGCAGACAAAGGUACCCUGAAAGAGGGAACGCACACAUUUCCCUUCAAGUUUCUCAUACCGGCCACUGCUCCAACAUCUUUUGAAGGCAACUAUGGAAGGAUCAUUUACAGAGUGAGGGCUUUUAUUGACACACCACGAUUUUCCAAGGACUACACCACAGAGAAAGCUUUCUUCCUGCUAAGCCUUCUGAACCUGAAUGAAGUGCCAGAUAUAUGGGGAACCUGCUCAUCUGCAGUGACUCAGCAGUUCACCUACAUGUUGAUGAAAACUGGCACAAUAGUCUUGAGGGCUCAGACGCACAUGAAGGGUUACACACCAGGAGAGAUCAUUCAGGUGACCGCCAACAUCCACAACCAAUCUGGGAAGAACACCGGCAACAUGGCAGCCAGUCUGAUGCAGAGAGUAACCUAUGAGACGAAGAAGCCGACCCAUGAUGUGAGAACAAUAGCGGAGGUGGAGGGAGGCGUGGUGAAAGCUGGCAAAGAGGUGGAGUGGAAGGAGCAGAUCAUUGUUCCUCCCCUGCCUCAGUCCUCCCUCGCUGGCUGUGAGCUUAUAAAGAUCGAAUAUUAUGUCAAAGUGUGUCUGAAGUCUCCUGACGUCAUGCUGACACUACCCAUCCACAUUGGGAACGUCUCAUUAGACAAAAAACAACGGCCUUCCAAAAAAGCAUCUUCUCCUUCCACUGAGGAUACGCCAGCCUCUGACUCAACACUAGAAACAUCCACUUCUGCCUCCUCACCCACCUUGCCCCCUCGUCCAGCCCCAAAACCUGCUCCUCGUCUUGCCCCUCGCUCUAGGGCAUCCUCCCGCAAUUCCCCCAGCGCUCCUCCAGCUGAGUACCACUCAGGAGCAGAGGGAGGGUCCUUGAUGAAUGAGGACUUCCAAAACAAGCGGCAAUCUCAGCUGGUGUCACCCAAUGCAUUUAGUUAUGCACCAGGCCUCUUUUUUCCUCAAAACCAGCAGCCAGUCGGACCAGCUGCAGCACCCAACGGGCCUGGAUUUAGUGGGUCCAUAGGGACCACAAGUCUUUACCCCUUGUUGAAUAGUACCACUUCAGUGGCAACACCGCAGAGCCUGCCUCCAGACUACAGCACUUCAGAUUAUCCAAAAGAGGCUCCUCCUCCUUACAAUGAGAGCUGCAACACAUGAGAUGGACAAAGAAGAAGAAACCAGGAUGACAAACGAUUAACUGAUAUUCAACAAAAUGUUGAGGUGAAGUUCAUGUAUAAAGUUGCCGCAUUUCUAAUAUAAGAGUCCUGCCAUUUUAAAAAGUUUAAAAAAAAAAGAAAAAGAAAAGAAAGAAAGACAUUCACAAUACACAUGAAACCUAGUGUAUCCUGGUGUAAUGAGGGGAUUUUUACUUUACGCUUUUAGAAAUCCUUUUUUUGAUAAAGUGAUCAAAAGUGGCCGCGCGGUGAACAAGUGUCUUCAGUUAUCAAAGGAGGAAUCCUUUCUGCAGCAUGUCACCAGUCCUUUUAAAAAAAACAGAUUUGAUAUGCUUUUAGCACAUUGAAUGAAAGGUGAGAGAAGCUAGAUUUUACUUGGUUGUACAAUAUUAAAGUUUUAAAUUGUGGGUUAUUAAAAAUAUCUUAAAUAGCAUCUGUGAUGUCAUGUUAGUUUUUUAUAAUAUAAUAUAAUAUAAUUGAAAACAAGUCCAGAAUUUAAUUAGCUUGAUGUCAUUCCAAAUUUAAACUGUAGGAUUUGAAAUGAAACAGAUGAUGUCGCCUUAUCUUCUUGAAAUGCUUUGUUUAGAAAGUGUUUUGUUUUGUUUUUGUUUUGAUAUGCUUUUAAUCAGUUUGCAGAUUUGUGAUGGUGUUAAACGAGCAAUGUUCCUUUUGUAAGCUGUCUACAUAUAGCUCUGUGAGGACAUGGUAUGGUGGAGUUUAGCCAGAUCUCCAUCUCUUAAGGCAUUUACUUUCAUGUCUUGUGCUGUAGGACAUAAAAGUAAAUGACCAAUGGGGUUGCGUAUUCCUUCUUUUUCACUACUGAAUGUAUGUCACCUGCAUUAUAUGUUGGUUCUGUAUGUGCCUUUUAGUUGUUCCACAAUAAGGCAGGUGUGACCUGAGGUUUUAUUUGGGCCUUCAUAAUGAAUAACACUUGAGAUUUGUCUUCAUAUUUCUUUGUUAAAUCACUUGAGCAUGCUGAAAGACCAUUUAUUUAUUGUUCCGACUUCCAACUACUGUUUGGAUUCUAAUAAACCUGUGAAACCCAUAAA